AUGGAGCGGGUCCCUGCUGUGACCACCGUCAGGAAUGUGUGUGUGUUGGGCUUCAGCGACCCUCUGAACAGAGAGGUCAAACCUUGCAUCCUGCUGAUGGGCCUGAGGAGGAGUGGGAAGUCCUCCAUCCAGAAGGUGGUUUUCCAUAAAAUGUCGCCCAACGAGACCCUGUUCCUGGAGAGCACCAACAAGAUCUGCAGAGAGGACGUGUCCAGCAGCUCCUUCGUCAGCUUCCAGAUCUGGGACUUCCCCGGCCAGAUCGACUUCUUCGACCCCACCUUCGACUACGAGAUGAUCUUCAGGGGCACCGGAGCGCUGAUCUUCGUCAUCGACUCUCAGACCUGGCAACCCUGAGCCGGCUCGUCAUCACAUACGUCAUCAACAGGCGCCUCGACACCCG